ACUUAUUAAAGCCAGAAAACCAUGUGUUAUGAACAUCAAUCUCUUUGUUUUUUUUACCCUUUAAGCACCAUUAAUACUCUUCUCAUUUAACCUCUGCAAACAAACCCCAGUACCAGUAGUAUUACAUCUGAAUGGCUCAGCAGGAAGAAAGUGGAUGGCCCUUAGGGUUGCAGCCUCUGAAUCGCAGGUCGAGACCCCAUGCUUUCUCGUUCAGUGCUUUCCUCAGUGGGUCACCUUCGUCUGAUUCAGAUUUUUCUUCAGAUUUAGACACUGAGUCGACUGGAUCUUUCUUUCAUGAUAGGAGCAUCACUUUAGGGAACCUCAUGGGUGUUUCGAGCAUUGUAGAGCUCUCACGAAGAUCUCUAAGACGAGGGAAAAUGCUCUCAGAAACGUUAGCUUUCGGAUCCAACAGAAAAUCAAACUCUAAAUCAAAAUCAUGGUGUUUUGGUUUUUGUUUAUGUCAAAGAGGCAAGAUUGAUGUUGUGGAUGUCUCAAACAACAACAUCGUACCUCUUGGUCACUUGCUUGAAGUGGAAAGAAGAGCUGCUCAGGAUCACAAACGAGGCCAGGAUAGCCCUUUUAUUUAUGGAGCUGAUGAGCUGACACUGGCUCAAGCUUUUGGCGAGUCAUCAAACUCAUUGUUUGUGGAUGGUCGAAUCAUGCCUCCUACUGUGUCCAACCUAUGGUCCGGUUCAGAUACGAAUGGGAAAAGAGGGGGUAGAGGGUUUAUAACUCCGUGUUUUUGAAGUCCCUCUACAUCUUCGCCUCAAAUUAUUAGAACUGUUUUUGCAACGAACUUGUCAUUUUUGAGAUUAAUAACAACGUUUGAUGAAUGUUUUUGUUCCUUUGAGAUAUGGUGAGCCUUUGAAGUUUUG